AUCAAUUGCCGACCAUAAUAUAUAGCCCUCUUGGAACUUGCCUUUGCAUGUGAAGGGGUGAAAACCACUGAUAUGGAGUACUUGGAGAAAGAGAACAUGGCCAAUGUUGAUCAGAAGCAAGAAAAGAUCGAGGAUGAAAAGAAGAUCAUCAUGAGGAAGAAGAAGAAGAAGCUUGGAGGAAUCAAAACAAUGCCAUUCAUCUUUGCAAAUGAAAUAUGCGACAAAUUUGCAGCAACUGGUUUCCAUUCCAACAUGAUAACGUACCUAACACAAGAGCUUAACAUGCCGCUGGUACAAGCCUCCAACACACUCACCAACUUCGGUGGAACUGCCAAUUUCACGCCAUUGUUUGGUGCUUUAAUUGCCGACUCCUUUGCCGGGCGGUUUUGGACCAUCGUGGCUGGUUCUAUUAUCUAUGAACUGGGAUUGAUUAGCAUUACCAUUUCAGCAGUUCUGCCAACGCUCCGCCCUCCACUGUGCCCAACUCAAGUGAACUGCAAGGAAGCCUCAGGCUUGCAGCUUUGGGUCCUCUACAUCUCUCUACUGCUUUCAUCUCUUGGCUCAGGUGGCAUUAGGCCUUGUGUUGUUACCUUUGCUGCAGACCAAUUUGACAUGACCAAAUCAAGUGUAGCAGCUAGAAGUUGGAAUUUGUUCAAUUGGUACUAUUUUAGCAUGGGAAUGGCAACACUAACUGCCCUGACUUUUGUGGUUUACAUCCAAGAUAAUGUAGGUUGGGGCUGGGGUCUUGGAGUUCCAACCAUAGCCAUGGCCUUGUCAAUUAUAGCUUUUUUGGUGGGUUCACCUCUUUACAAUAACAUCAAACCUGCGGGUAGUCCCUUGGUUAGAUUGGCCCAAGUAAUUGUUGCAGCUGUGAAGAAAAGGAAAGAAAUAGUACCAGAAAACCCUGCUCUCUUGUAUGAAAAUAGAGAGCUCGAUGCUGCUAUUUCUUUGCAUGGAAGGCUUGUACACACAAAUCAAUUCAAGUGGUUUGAUAAAGCUGCUGUCAUAACAAAUAGUCAUGCAAUAGAUUCAAAGCCACCAAAUUUAUGGAAGCUUGCCACUGUACAUCGAGUCGAGGAAUUAAAAUGCAUUAUCCGAAUGCUUCCUAUAUGGGCAGCCGGAAUUGCUCUUAUUGCCUCAUCUUCGCACCUGCAUAGCUUCACCAUUCUACAAGCUCGCUCUAUGGAACGUCACCUGUCUCACUCCUUCCAAAUUCCACCAGCCUCAAUGUCUAUCUUUGGCAACAUAACCAUGCUCGUUGGCCUUGUUAUGUAUGAACGUCUCUUUGUACCCUUUGCUCGUCGAUUCACUGGAAAUCCAUCAGGAAUCACAUGCCUACAAAGAAUGGGUGUAGGCUUUGUGAUUAACAUUCUUACCACAGUUGUUGCAUCAUUUGUUGAAAUCAAGAGAAAAGCAGUGGCCGCUGAUCACAACUUAUUGGAUGAUCCAAAAGCAAUCAUUCCUAUUAGUAUUUUUUGGUUGGUACCUCAGUUUUGCCUACAUGGGGUAGCUGAAGUUUUCAUGUCUGUGGGGCACUUGGAAUUUCUUUAUGAUCAAUCACCUGAAAGCAUGAGAAGCACUGCUGCAGCACUUUAUUGGAUAGCAAUAUCAAUGGGAAACUAUAUAGGCACACUGAUGGUAUCACUAGUUCAUAAAUAUUCAGGCAAGAAAAGCAACUGGCUUCCUGAUAGGAACCUCAAUAGGGGAAGAUUGGAAUACUACUACUGGCUUGUUAGUGGCAUCCAAGUAAUAAAUCUCUUAUAUUAUGUGAUAUGUAGUUGGCUUUAUACUUAUAAGCCAUUGGAAGAGGUUAGUGAAAUUUGCGAGGAGGAAGAUAAAGAAGUACUUGCUGGAGAUAAAAUACCAUCUAUGAUUUUAGAUAGUAGGAAUGCCCAUGGAGAGGUGGAGCUUGGAAGAAAUGAGACAGCAUAGGAUUGUUGAUAAUGACUAUAAACUAGUGUACCGUAAAUGGUUUUUUUUUUUUCCUGUAUUUUGAUCCUGCAAUCUAAGUGAAAUAAGAAAACAAGUUUCCACUUUCAACCCAAUAA